AAGGGAAGGGGUGAAGUUGCCCCACCUCUCCGUUGGGCUGCUGCAGAAAGGAGCUGAUCUGGUUUGGAGCUGGGGACAAGCAAUGCCAUUGAUGAGUCACGGAUGCUCCAGAGCCAUGUUCCUGCUCUGGGGUGUGGAGGAGGGAAGCAGUGGGAGAAAAGAACUUGGAGGGUGGAGGAAGCUGGAACAAACGGGCCAUGGAAGGGCCCUAUGUGGCCCACAUUGGUUCACUGGGAUCAGAAGGGGCUUCAUUCCCAGCCCAGCUGCAGUGCCCAAUGCUCCAGUGAGGAGCUGGAGUGUGUGGGGAAGCUGUGGUGUCCUAGAGCUACAUCUCAGGUGGGACCCAGGUUCUGCCCUGGCCCAGGGUGCCAGGUGUGCAGUUCUGCCUCUGCAGCCCCAGAGGUUUUUGCCACCUCAGCACAAGAGCUGGAAAAUGAACGGGCAAAAAGAUGUGCCAGCUCCAUGUCACCAGCUCCGUUUCACCAGCUCCUGGCUCGGUGAAGUGUCAGGUUCGUGCCAGAGUUUGGGAUGCUGGGGCUUGGCGCUGCCCGGGGGACUGGAGCUGCCUGCGAGGAUGGAGUCGGUGGGAUACAGCUGGUGCCAUCCCGGGAUGCCCAUCCGUGAGGCUGUCGCAGUUCCCACGGUGGGCUGGGGCCCCCGGCGGGUCGCACGUGUGUGCCCGCCGACCUGGCCGGUUCUCCGAAGCUCCGGGACCGAGGCCGCCGGCGGACGCUCCUCCUCUGCGGGAGGCAGGCAGGGACUCGGGGUGGGGCUUUGUCGAGCGAGAAUCCAGAGUCCGGCCAGCCUGGGGGAGUUGCCAGGGCCGAGCACCCCGGAGAGGCGAGGCUGCCGCCCACCCGCCUCAGCCAGCAGGGGCCAUGCGAUGCUCCCUGAAACGCUCCCUCAUGGUUCUACUUGCUGCCUCCUUCUUCCUCCUUCUCCUCUUCCUCCAGGGAGGCAGCCGGCAGGAACAAGAUCCCCUGGAGGUACAGCUCAGGGGCCUGGCUCCCAACACAAUCCUGCAGCUGCUGCAGCCGGAGGGAGCCAGCACAUCCUCAGGGAACACAGCUGAACUCUCUGCACUCCACAACAUCUCCUACCGGCUCCUCGCUGGCUCCCUGGCUCCCCAAAAAAAAUUCCUGGCAGUGGGAAUGGCGUCUGUGCAGAGGCCGCGUGGUUUCUACCUCCUGGCCACGCUCCAGUCCCUCUUCAGCCAGUCCACGGAAGAGGAGCUGCAGGAGAUGGUGGUGGUGGUGCACCUGGCUGACACCGAUCCUGGCUGGAACGUACGCGUUGCUGCCACCAUUGCCCAGAAGUUUGCUCGCCACAUCCUCCUGGGCCGGCUUCUGCUCAUCCACGCUCCCCCUGAGUUCUACCCCACCCUGGAAGGCCUGAAGAGGAACUUCAAUGAUGCAGAGGAGCGGGUGAGGUUUCGCUCCAAGCAGAACGUGGACUAUGCCUUCCUGCUCGCUUUCGCCGCCAACCUCUCCUCCUACUACCUGAUGAUCGAGGACGACGUGUGGAGUUCCAAGUCCUUCCUGACGGCCAUCCGCAGGGCACUGGCCUCCCAGGAGGGCUCCAACUGGGCCACCCUCGAAUUCUCCAAGCUGGGCUACAUCGGAAAGCUCUACCACUCCAGUGACCUUCCUCGCCUGGCUCACUUCCUCCUCCUCUUCUACCAGGAAAUGCCCUGUGACUGGCUGCUGGUCCACUUCCGCCAGCUGCUCACCCAGAAAGAUGUGAUCCGCUUCAAGCCAUCCCUCUUCCAGCACAUGGGCCUCUACUCCUCCUUCCAGGGCACUGUCAACCGGCUGGAGGAUGAGGAUUUCCAGGCUGAUGCCUUGGACCUCCCGGACAACCCGCCAGCAUCCCUGUACACCAGCAUGUCCAUCUUUGAGAAUUACGAGCCCCGCAAGGCCUACAGCUCAGCACAGGGGUACUUCUGGGGCAAAGACCCAGCAGCUGGCAGUACUUUUUCCAUCGUGUUCCAGCAGCCAGCCCGAGUCAGCCGUGUCCGGGUGCGCACGGGCUCCGUGGAGCGCCCAGGCGAUUUCCUGCACGCAGGGCUGCUGGAGCUGGGCCAGCGCCGGCACCGCAGCUGGGACUGCUCCUCCUACAUCCCUGUGGGCUCCUUCAAGAAGGGGACCCUGGAGCAGCGGGGCCUGGAGAGGGUCCUGCCUGGGCCCGUGGAGUGCGUGAGGAUCCGGGUGACCCAGGACCAGAGCGAGUGGCUCAUCAUCCAGAGCAUUGACAUCUGGACCACAGCAGGCACUUGAGCACAACAUCUGUGGCAGGAUGUCGAAGCAGCUGGAUUUGGUUCUAAGAGGUCCUUUAUUUUUCACACUGCCUUUUGGAUAAGAAAUUUAAAUUAUUGACUCUCACUGCCCCAUGUCUGGAGAGAUGGGAACCACUGCUGUGGGCUGUGGAUGUGUCUAGGAGCAGGGCCCAUCAGAAUGUACCUGCUGGGGGAUGCCUCCAUGAGCCAGGGAGGGGGCACAGGAAGGGGAAGGGGCUUGGGAGUUCAAGGCUAAGCAGUAGAAAACCUUUCUUCCCGGGAAGGAUGAUGUACAGGACAAAACUGAUCAGCUAAUUAACAAACCAAAUAAUUAA